AUGUUCCGGGUCCGCUCGCUCGCCGAGAUGAUCCCCGGUGCGCUGACCGAGGGCACCAUCCUCGCGACAGGUGCGCUCGCUGCUUUUGAGAUCCGGCAGCGGGUCCGGGAGGCGCUGGAGGACAAGGACGCCGAUUACCCGGUGCCCGACCACCCUUCGAUGCGCCCGGACGAGAAUUUUGUUGAUCUGAGAGUCUGCCCCCGCAGCCACAGCGAGGAUAGCAGCAGCGGAGGAGACAGGGACGCCCGCCCCGGCAGCUGCGAUGGAGGAGGAGGUAGUGACAGAGAUGGGGACUUCCGACCGGGGAGCCAUGGCAGAGGGGGCAACGGCGGUGGAGGUGGAGAUACCCGCUCCGGAGGCCGCAACGAGGAUAGGGACGUCUACCCUGGUGGCCGCGACGGAUGGCGCGGCGGCCACGGGAACACUUGCUCCGGCACCCGCGAUGGAGGUGGUGGUGCCGACAGGCGGGUCGGGACGCGCAUUGGCGCCGGCAGUGGCCGCAGCGGCCUCGACGGGGGCGCUUGCGCUGGGACCAUCAGUGAGGCCGACGCCUUCCGGUGCGGCGGCGCCUACCUCGUCGGCGGCGUCAGGAGUCCCCUCUUCACGCUGGAUGAUGCCAUGGAGUGGGGCAAGUGGUAG